AUGGCCAGGGAACUUGCGGCCCUUGCAAACAGGGCCAACGCUGUGAUGGCCAGCGAUAUGAGCAGCUGCGGAGGUGGUGGAGCCGAGAGCCUCUCAAGCGGGUUCAACAGUGGCGACAUCGUGCUUGGCCACGGCGCUGCACUGUCUCACAAGCGGUCACUGGAGAAUGCAGAGAACAUCCCGCCGUCGUUUGACCUUGACGCUGCCGCCGCCGCAGCCGUCCAUGGUGGCGCAGGCUCGAGAAAACAAAAGCCAGCACUUUUGGGCAUGGCCGCGCAGCAAAUGUCCCAGAACAAGUAUCGGCGCACCAUGGCACUUGCCGGCAAAUCUCCCAGAGGUUCCAAGCGGAUGCCUGCCAACCCUCGCCGAGUUGCUCAAAAAGUCGAUAUCUCUUUUCUGCGCAGCGCACAGCAGCAAGCUCAACGGAAGCAGCAGCAGCAGCAGCAGCAGCCAAAAUAUGCACUGCCUCCGCCGCUCGGCAGCUUCAGCAGCGACAACUACCCACAGGCUGGUGGCACGCUGCGCUCACGGAUAGUCCAUGUUGUCGCCGACAACAACAACGGCAGUAACAUUGUGAUAAGGGCAGGGAGCCAUACCAGCAACAACGUGCGGCUUCGGCGUCUGCCCAAGCGUAACCUGAAGCCGCUUGAUUUCUCUGGACUGCACCGUGCAAGCAAUGCAACCUCAUCCCAGCCGUCUACUGCCGAGACCGCCUCCUCUACUGCCGAGACCGCCUCCUCUACUGCCACGGGUCAGGUGGGCAACGACGGUCAUAUGUCGCUGCCGGUCUCGCCUGUGGAGUCGUCGCCAAUUGCGAUCUCGCCCCUGGAUCGCGCUGGCUUCCGGAGCUCGUCGCCUGCCUACGAGCUGUUCAAGGGUGUUGCGUGUAGCACCGGUGAGUCUAUGCACCCAACCCCUCCGAGCACUGGGCCACGGGUCCCUGGCACAGCCUUCUCUGGCAUCCUGGCGUCAGCCUACCAGCGUGCGUCGUCCAAGCGCUCAGCAAAGCGUGCCCUCAACUUUGACUCGUCGGUCGCGGCAGAGAUUGGAGGCCUGCUCGACUAUGACCCCGUACUGGGGCCGCGCUGCCCGGUCAUCGGUGACCCUCGCGGGAUUUUUAGCCUACAAAGAAACGGGUUGGACCAGCUCCACCGCGAGCAGGUCGAGCGCACUGAGUCCCGGUUCUCGGAUAUGGCUCGCACGGUCCGUAAGGCGCAGGCGGCGUUUGAAGCGGCGGUGUCUGAGCAAAAGACCACGAGCGGGCGCGGACGCCCUGCAUCCAAACGCACGGCAGCAAAGUCGUCGUCUUCCCAUGACAACAGCGGUGCAGCGGCGGCCAAGGCGCCCCGGCCUAUCUCCGAGUGCAAGUACUGUGGCAAGCAGUACAAGUAUCACUCGAAGCUCGCCUCUCACGAGCAGCACUGCUCGUCGCGGCUCGAGGCGCUGCUUUAUUCGGCCGACGAGAAUGAGCAGCACAUCAUCCACUGUGUGUGUGGACCGCGCCAUGACCGGCCUGUGGGCGCCCGCGAUGACCUGCCUAUGGUGCAGUGCGACCACUGCAGUCUCUGGCUGCACAUUGAGUGCGUGGGCAUUGACGAGGAGAAUCUUCCUGACGAGUUCUUCUGCCCGCGGUGCGAGGACGGCAUGAACCACAGAGCAGCGAUGCUUGGCAGGGAGACGACGCCAGAGCACCAGGUUGGGCUGGGCAGCGAGGGCAACAUCAUGUCGCCGCAGUCGCACAGACUUGCGACUCUUCUGGCCGGCGUGCCCGAUGAUGGGUCUGAGACGGAGGAUGAGCCAAUUGUGCAACGCAUGCGCGGCAAGCGUGCAGCGGGGCGCAACAGCAAGGUCCCCACGGGGCGUGAUACCAGCAGCGAGGUCACCAUGUCAAUUUCGGAUGUCUCAGAGGCUACCCGGUUCCACCGCCAGGGCAGCGUAGGCAAGCGCAGGGACUUGGCCAGCGUUGCACCACGUCUGGCGCAGAGCGAGACCAACAUUUCGCCCAUGGUGACUCCUGCUCGCCGCAAUGUGCGCGGGCGUCCCCGCGGCUCCAAGGCCAGGGGUGCCGGCGGCAACGGCAAUGAGCAGGUUGUGCACACCGACGUCCUUUCGUCAGACUUCCUGGGGCUGCCUCUGCCCGAGUCGAUCUACAGCCUGAAGCCGCCUCAGGGCACGGCUGGUGUGGGAGCGCCGCUGUCAAUUGCCCCUGAGCUAUGCUCGCGGCAGCAGCAGCAGCAGCAGCAGCAGAUGGACGACAUCUCGCGGUUCCUGUCUGACCCGCCCCCGCAGUGGUCGCUGGCGCAGCUUUCCAACAUGCUGAGUGGGGCGGAUGCAGGCACCGCAGCGGCAGCCGACAUGAUUGGCAGCAGCGCGGCGGCCGAUUUUGUCGGGCAGGCGCUGGUGGACAUGGGACUUGGAACGCUGGAUGAGGUGUCAGCGGCCCUUGUGUCGGGGGUGGCCAGCAGCUCGCUUGCUGCCGGCGUGUCAGCGGCAGCCGGUGGCAAUGCGUCGCACCAGGCAGGGGCGAUGAGCCUCACUGCUACCCCACUGAGCGAGCUUGUGGACCUGCCGAUGGACAAUGACUUUUCGGCGCUGCUGGAGUCGAUUGCCAGUGCCAAUCCGGGCGGCGACGGCGAUCCGUACUCGUCGCUUGACGGCGAUGCCGGAUUCGGCGGGCUGUUUGGCGAUGACGCUCUCCUGGGCCUCAGCAAUGCUCCCGCAACUGGUACUGCGGCGCCGGUGCCUCUUGCGACAAGCAACGCCCGCGGCGGCCGCACUUUGAUUGGCACCAGCAGGGCGGCUAGCGGCACCCGCGAGAUCGACCACGGCUCAUCGUCGACCAUUACAAUUAUGCAUGACGACAGCAGCGUGCUGGGCAGCGCCGACGCGCCAAAGGAAGCAGCUGGGGUUGCGCCGCAGGGCCGUCCUCCGGUUGCGCGCCCGCCGCCGGGUCUGGCGGGGACGACGGGCAGCCGGAAGAGCACGUAUGGCAGCACCAAGGCGGGCAACGCUGCCAGCAGCCGGCUGAGCGGUGACACUGCCGUGGGCAAGCCAGCAGCCGCUGCUGGUAACAGCAGACCUCAGCUGGACAAGCUUCUUUCGGGCUCGCAGGACAGUCUGGCGAUGGCACUGAGCCUGCCGUCGAACCCGCCCUCGGGCACCGGGCUGACGGAUCUUGAUGUGAGCCAGCUGCUUGCAGACUCGACUGUGACAGGCGCGCUGCAGCAGAACCAGCCGCUGCUUGACUGGCAGGUCGGCGUGGAUGCGCUGGAGAAGGAGCUGGAGGGCCUGAUCGACUUUGACAUCUGA